AUGGUGAGCCAGUACGCCGACAGAGCCAGUGCUGCCUACGCCUUCCUCUCCUUCUGCCGGAAGUGCGAGCUGCGAGGGGCUGCAGAGCUAGACGCAAAGGGGCAGGACCUGCUCAAGCACGACCGUGCGAAACCAGUCGAGAGACUGGCAGAGCUUAGCCAGGGGCGAUGGUGGUUUUGCAAGCACGCCGCGAUCCAAUCAUUACCGGACUGUGCCAUGUUUGUUCGCUACGUUCGAGACUGGGUUGCGACAAGACAUUCCUCGUGGUCGGGUGAGAGGCAGCGAGAUCCCGAAGAAGACAAGGAGCCUGAGAACGAA